AUGGCUCAGCAGGAGCAAGGAUGGCCGUUGGGUCUGAGACCAGUAAAUGCAAGAAUUGGAGGACUCACAAGAGAAACUCAUCAUCAUGAACAAGUUUCUGCUGGUUCCAUUUCCUUCAGCUCUCUUCACUCUCCUUCUCCCUCCUCUUCGUCUUCCUCCGAUCUUGAUUCUCAGUCGAUGGGAUCAUUUUUCCGCGAUAGGGGAUACACACUAGGAAACCUAAUGGGGAUAUCAAGCUUUCUAGAACUUUCAAGAAGAUCAAACCGAACAAGGAUUGAUCAAACAGCUUCGAGGAACCAUCAACAUCAGAAGAAUCUCAGAUCUUACAAGCCAUGGAUUUUCUCUAUAUGUUCCAAACUAAGCACACAUUCCACUAUCAUUCCCCAUAACAAAAUUACUAUAAACGAGAACAACGGUCGUAAGAAUGUGCAGUCUCUCGGACAUUUCCUCAUGGUGGAGAGACGAGCCAUCGGAUCAACCACACGGUCCACACCAACUAUGUGAAUGUCUGAGAAUUAAUAGCUAAGCAAGCUUGCUCGUUAAUGUUCGUGUUUGAAACCCUACUGAGAUUUGAAAUAGGAUUUGUUUUAUUGAUCAAAAUAACAAAUUCUGAUUGUAUUUUGUAUUUGUUUGUUUCAAAUGGUGUUGUAUUUGGGA